AAAACGACGGCUUCAUCCACCCGGCGCCAGUAACCGGGCAUCCGUGCUUCUACGGCAUCUCCACCAUCUCUCAGAGUUGCAGGCGCAUCGCAUACCGAGCAUAUUCGUCCAUCACCGGGCCCAGGAGAGACUGUCAGGGGCGUGAAAGCCGUCACAAGACAGGGGCUAAAUCGACUCAUCCGAGCAUCGACACAGCAGGGGUGGGGAGGUCAGGAUGGAGGCUCUGCUUCCCGUGCUGAGGAGUCACCCAGGCCCCUCGGUUCUGGUGUGCUCUCUGCUUUUCAGGGUGGCCCACCGGCUGCUGCAAAAGCUGCCCGUGCCCAAGCUGGUGAGGCAGGAUGAGUUCCGCUCCUGGAAAUGGAGAAACCUCUCCGUGUCCAUGGUGCACUCCCUGCUGACCGGAGCCUGGGCCGUGUCCUGUGUGGUGAUCUGGCCCGAGACGUUGAGCAACAUUCACUCGUAUCACACCCCGCUGUCCUACCUGCUUGUCUGCGUCUCCACAGGAUACUUUGUGCAGGAUGCAGGAGACAUCAUCCUGACGGGACACGCAAGAGGAUCUUGGGAAUUUUUGCUCCACCAUGCACUGGUGAUCUGGUGCUUCCUGUACGCCCUGUACACUCAGCUCUACGUGGCCGGUGCUGUGAUUGCCCUCUUCGUGGAGGUCAACAGCGUGACUCUGCACCUGAGGCUGAUGCUGAAGCUGGCGGGGGCCCAGUCCUCCUCCAUGUACCGCGUCAACAAGAUGGCCAACCUCCUCACCUACGUCACAUUUCGCCUGAGCACCCAGUUCUACCUCACCUGGUACAUUAUGGACAACUACUCCUGGCUGGACCACGGGGGCUAUUUCCUCGUCACCAUGAUCGUAAUGAAUAUUAUGAUUCUUAUUUAUUUUUACCGUUUGCUCCGUGCGGACUUCUUUCCUCGGAGUAAGACCUAUGUGGGGCAAAACGGGAUGCACAACAACAACUCCAAGAAGUUUCUCAGCGAUUGACUGGGGAAGGUUUACAGAACUGUGUCCUGUUUUUAUCCCGGUGGGGGGGGGUUUGGGCGGGGGGGUUUGGGCGUUUUGUCUUUUUCAAAGCAUAACUGACAUCAUUCCUAGUGACAACAGAUCCCCUCGUUGUGUCUCACUGCCAAAGAACAAACUCCAAAAUUGCUAACUGAAACAAGUGAGCAGCCUUUUCUAGUGCCGCUUUUUUACAAAUGCAAAGUCUAAAGAUUGACUUUUUACUGGGUCAAAUGAAAUCCAACACUGCUUUAAACAAAACCUUGGACCUUACAAAUUUUCCAAAAAAGCCUUUGCAAUGUUUUUCACUUCAAGCAUAUUUGAUAUUCAUACAAAAAGUGCGACAACCUUAAAGGAGUUUGCAGACAUAUAGGUAAUCAGGUUUCUUGCUCAUGACAUUGACAGCAGUCAUGAUGUUAUAGUUGAAGCUAUCGCCCACUUUCAAGUGAUAACAUAGUAAUAGUUUAAUUAAAUCCUCAAGUUAAAAAUUCUCAAAUGAUUCUUUGAUUUUUUAGGAAGCAUUGUUUACAUCACUUUUCAUGUUUCACACGUAUUACAACAUCAGAUGUUUACACAUGAUUUUUAAAGGGUGAAGUUAGUUGAAAAAUAACUCCUGAUAUUCAAAAGCACAGUUUUCUUUGUUAUCUGAUGAGUUGACAGUCAUCUGUUUCAGGCCUCCACCUCUGUGGGUUUAUGGAAGCUUUCCAUCUCAUCCUAGUUCCCAGUUUAGGCAUCAGCACAUGCAGAAAAGGUUUUAAAUUCAGCUUGCGAUUUAAACUAAUAAAUCCUAAUGAGAAUUUAAGACCCAUGACAUUUACCACCAAACACAUUUCUAGAAACUUAAUUUACAACGCUUGUGCUGUCUGCUCUCUGGGAUCUUCGUUCAGAUGUGCACUGGUGGAUUUAGGUAUUUUCCAUUCAAAAAGUAAUAGAUUAUCUCACACUGUAGCUUACAACAGAUACCCAAUCAGAGGAACGUGCACUGUGGUGUAGCACUUAAAUCAUAGGUUAAAUGCAUAUAUCUAUGUAUGGACGUAUGCUAUAUUUACCACUAAAAUAUUAUUCUCAUGCAUUUAAACUCAAUUUGAGGAGAGAGUAGGUAUAAGCUACCUUCCAUUAGUUAAAAAAACUGUAAACACAAUGAAACAGCGAGCAAAAAGCAACAACACAUUAACAAAAACAACAAAUUGUAAAUAAAUUUGGUUUUAAUACUUUAUCAACCAAAAAAAGGGUCAUUUGUGAGUAUCUGUGAAUGACUUGUUAUUUGCCUCUGUGUAGUGCUCUUUCCGGUGUUUUAAGAUACACUAAAUCUGCAGGCGCAGUCCUUCACUGGCUGACAUAAAGGUAUAUGUUGGCCUAUUUCAACCUUUAACAAAAGUUGGCUUUUUUUUUCAUACUACAGUUUAGAAACCAGUGAACUGAUAUUUUACAUCCUUGCAGAUGUAAAAGGCUUAAAUACUCAAAUGUCUAUUAGCAAAGCCACUACUACCUAGCUGUCCAACCAUAAAUAAAGAGGUUAAUUAGGAAAAAAAAAUCCUUUUCCCUUUUUGCUUCUUUUGUUUUGAGUAAUUACAUGAGAGGGACAGAGAUCUUUCAACACUAUCAAGGUUUCCUUAGUGUUUAUUUUAUAUUCUUAACUUUACAGUACAUCUGAAAGCUAUACUGUAAAAUAUGUAGUCACAGUGUGUGGCAAUUGUGAUCUUAAAUUAACGAAGCAAUUGUUUGUUAGCGCAGUGGAAUUUUUGUGGAACAGUGUUAUUUGCUUUCAUUUUGUUGCUUAAAGUGGCUUGUCAGUUUAGUGGCUUGGUGCUGGAUGUUGUAAACAGAUAGCUUUACGUAGCUUUUGUACAUAACAUACUUAUGUCAAGCAUUAAAAAAAUGUAUGCGUACAUUUAUUUUUUAUCCAUCAGGAUAAAAAAAAAGUCCUUUUUUAUUGUUACUGAUGGUAAUUCAAUUUAUAUAUAUAUAUCUGCAUGGGGAAAUGUGUUUUUCUAUGUUCCAUGCUUUUUCCGUGCCUUGUUGGAAAUGUAAGACUUUGGACUUUGAUAUUGUGUGUGUAUAUAGGCACAUCACUGCCGCUGUCUCUAUGAAGCGUCUCUAAAAAGGGCUGAAGAGACUGGGGUUUGAUAGAAUUGGUACAUUUAACACAAUUUUGUCAAGAAACCUCUAAACUACAAUGAGCAGACAGCAACACAAUCAUUGGUCAGUGAGACACUGUGUAUCUGGUUUGCUUGUUCACAAAGAUGGACAAUUUUUGAAUCAGAGACGUUUUUCCUUUUCUUCCUCUCAUAAAUAAUGGUUGUAUACACCUUUGUAAAUAAUGUCCUCAAGUGUGCAGUAAUAUUUUUAAAAUAUAUUUUGAAGCAAGUACACAAAUUGUUGACUAUAUACUUUUCCUGAUGGUUCUGUAAGUCAUUCGUUUUGAUGAUGACAUUAAAAAGAUCUAAUGACAAGUACAUUUCAUUUUAUAUUUCACAAUGUACAAUGCCAAGAAAGUCAGGAAAGGGGACAUGUAUCUGGAGCAGAUGUGCAUCUGAUCCGGUCUAUGGUGCCUUUACCACAGUGCCUUUGGAAGAAAACAUCAACAACAAUGUGUGAAUAAGUAGAGAUAUACUCAAUUAUGUUAAGUAGAGGAUUGUUUUAGUCUAGUCUUUUGGUCAAGACCCAAACAAUAUUAAAUGUAUGCUGUCUGAUGUGAUUUUUUGGAAACAUCUGCGAUCAUUGAGUGAUACCAUGAAAUAAAAAGUAUUUAAAUCCCA